GAGAGGCGGUGUUUAGAGUGGUGGAGCAGGAAAUGGAGGUGGUGUGGUGGAAGGCUGUCUGAAUGAGGGAGGGUGGAAAAGCCCGUUGUUAAAAAUAAGUGGACAUCUGGGAUGCUUGCAAGUGGAAAGUCUCCUCAUCCGAGCAGAUACGGCAGAGACAGAGGAAUUGGGAGAAUGGGAUGGAGGUCUUGCAGGAUACUGUGUGAGGAGGUGUAGUCCAGGUGUUUAUGGGAGUCUGUAGGUUUGUAGUAGAAGUCCGUCUGGUGACUUUCACCAGAGAUGUAAAUGAUAUGGUCAUGAAAGGAGGGGGAAGUGUCCGAGAUGGACCAAAUGAAUUUGAGGGCGGGUGGAAGUUGUACAAGAGUGGAACAAGAGUUAGCGACAGGUUUCAAAAUUCAAAGGUGCAUUUCCAUUUUUCCAUAGGUACAACAGUUCUACUGUGUUUACUGAAGUUAGGAUCUCCAACAUUAAUAUUUUCCUAAAUUUGAAAUUUAACUAUCCCCAAUGUUAUGGGGAAUCUCACCAGAAUGUAGUGUUUGAGGUUGUUAAGGUUAUGACAGUGUCCUCGGCUUUAUUAACAAUGGCGUCGAGUACAAGAGCACGGUCAUGUUGAAUUUAUGUAAAACACUUGAUAAACCUCAGCUGGAGUACUGUACACAGUCCUGGGCAUUAUCAUAAAAAGGUGAAUGCUUUGGAGAGUGUGCAGAGGCGAUGUCCUUGAAGAGAAGACAGCUGAGAGGACAUUUGGUAGAGAUUUGGUGGAGGCAAGAUAAAUUAAGGCGUAAAAGAGGACAGUGGAUAAUUCUUUGGAUUGAAAUAUGUGCAAAGCUAUGGGUAGAAAGCAGAAGAUUAGCACUAGGUAAUGAGUUCUUUUGAAUAGCCAGGGCAAGCAUGAUAGACUGAAUGGCUUCCUUUUGUGCUGCAACAACUCUGUGAUGGGGGUCAAUCCAGGUAACUCAUUCAGGAACGAGGAUAUAAUUUGAGAAUAGAAAAUGGGCAAUUUUGAAGACUUUUCCAUUAAGCUUUGUGAAAUACAGAACAAUAUUUGAGCUUAUUUAUUAAAAAAAUAGAAAUGUGAUGAGAAGGCAGAGAAUUAAACUGAGAAUGAACAAAACAGGAAUUAUUGAAAUGUGUUGAAAUUAUUUUAAAAUUCUAUAUAAAACUUUUAAAAAGCUUUUGCCUGUGUACACUUCCUGGCAGCGUUUCCUUUAUGAUUUCAUUUGUCUGUAUUUAUUACAGAAUGUUGUCUGUCUAAACUUGUCAUAUUGGAGUUGCGUCCUUCCGCUCAUGAAGGCUGAUGCCUUAUCUACAUCAAGCAUAUGCAGCCUUUCCAGUACAUCAGCUUCCCAGAGGUUGUUCCACUGAAUGUAGGAGGCAUGUAUUUCACGACAAGACUAUCCACUUUGAGGCGUUAUGAAGAUACUAUGCUGGCAGCAAUGUUCAGUGGCCGGCAUCAUAUUCCUACUGAUUCAGAGGGACGUUUCUUUAUUGACAGAGAUGGGACCUACUUUGGAGACAUUUUGAAUUUUUUACGAAAUGAUGACCUGCCACCUCGUGAGCGAGUGAGAACAGUUUACAAAGAAGCACAAUAUUACUCUAUUGGACCACUUCUUGAGUGUCUGGAUGAACUACAGCCUUUGGCUAGUGAAAAAGUGAGAAAGGCAUUUUUGGACUUGCUGCCUUAUUACAAAGAGAAUUUGGAAAGAAUAAUUGAUAUUGCAAAACAAAGAGCAAUUCAACGAAAGGCAAGAUUUGCAAAGUUGAAGAUUUGUGUUUACAAAGAGGAGAUGCCAGUUACACCAUACGAACGCCCUCUGUACAACUCAUUACGUUUUGAUAGAAGUGAGAAUGAGACAAAACUCUUUGAACAUCACUGUGAAGUUGAUGUAUCAUUUGGCCCUUGGGAAGCCAUUGCUGAUGUAUACGACCUUCUUCACUGCAUCGUGACAGACUUAGCAGACAGAGGAAUUACAGUAGAUCACCAAUGUAUAGGUGUUUGUGAUAAGCAUCUGAUAAACUGUUACUACUGCAAACGCCCAAUUUAUGAAUUCAAGAUUACCUGGUGGUAAAUAACAUUUUUAAUAAUUUUUAGUUUCAUAAUUAUUUGAAAUCACAUUAUGAUGGGAGUAGUUUUGCAAUUUACUUUAUUAAUAAUCUUGUGGCACAGUGGUACUGUCCCUACCUUUGGACUGAGUUCAAGUCUGAACUCCGGAUAUGUGUAUGGCCUUGGAAUUAUGUUAUAACAUCUCUAAACCGUCUGAUUUGAAAAAAAUUAUUAUUGACAGCAAGAAAACUUAGAUAUAUUAAGCACCUGGCUGCCCACAACAUCUUGGAGCAAGGCAAGAUUAGUAAGCUGCAUUUCAACUUGGAGUUUUAGCGUAACCUUUUUCAUGCUGAUGAGUCUGAAUGAUUAAUAUAACAUCGAGCUUGUUGUCAUGAAUAAGAUUGUAAUCAUACUCAAGGUGCAGUAGCAUUUAACAGUCACUUUAGGGGCAUUUAGUGCAUUUUUCUUUGUCUCCUGUCAGAAAAGUCAAAUCGUUUGCUUAUAUUUCUCCAGGUAAUUACUGUAUUAUUGUGUAUAAUUAAAUUAAUAACUGACAUUUACAUAGUAUUUCUUGUACCAACAACUCUCCAUGAUUAAACCUUCACAGAUUAGAUACUGGGAUAGUUUGGGUCAAUAUAUUUUCAUCAUUGACCUCGAUCAAGUUAAGUAACCAGAAAGCACAGUAAAUAUCUGAGGUUUUCAUGUUUGAAGCUGAUAUUGUUUGACUCUAUGUUGCACUUUAAAAAUUAUUUUCAAGCUUACUCAGAAUUUGAAUAGCUGCUAGAAGUUGUACUCGGACACUUUAGGCAUAAGUUCCUAAUUUCUGGAAUGGUAGACAAUAGUAUUUCAUACAGUAUAUCAUUUGCUAAUUUCAAAAACGUGAAUAAAAACAUAGCAAUGAAUUAUUUUGAUUCAGCUAGCUCCCCACCCAUCCGACUGCUAUAUUUACUGGUUACAGUGUUAUGACACAUAAGGCCGACAGGCCAAACCAAAUCAGCUUUCAUAUCCCUGGGUUUGUAACACAGUAAAAUUAAAACAUCCAAAGACCCUCAAAAUCACUCAAUUGUUCCCAACCAGACCUUAUAAAUAGCAGACAUCAGACACCAAAUGUAUACUGAAACAAAAACCUUACUGAUUUAUUAUUAAUAAUACAACUUUAGCAGAACAUAGAUAAACAACAAGGUGAUCCACUUAAUAUCCACAAUCUAAGCCCAAUCUUCUUUAAACACCAAGCCCACUCAUCCACAAUUGGACAGACAGACACAAUUAAUGGAUAAAUUAAAGUAAAAUAAAGAAUUGUAGUUUGCCAGUUAAUGGUUUUAAGGUGUGUAAUAGGCCUUCAUAACUCCUUGAACAAUGUGUUGUAUACCCACUGAAUAGCAUUGUACAUUGCUUGAAUUCCUAAGUCACUGAUUCAUGUAAACACCUUUUGCAGACCGCUGGAAAAUUUUACUUGUGUCCUACAGAUUGAGGUUCUUUCCUCAAAACCUUCAAUAAAUAUUUCACUGGGUAUAAAACUAGAGAGAAUAAUAUUCAAAACAGCUUUUUGUCCAUGAGCUUUCACAGCCUUCUGGCCAAAACCCCAAGCAAACCAGUUCACUCUAUGGUUUCCCUUUUUUUUCAACAUUCGUUUUGAUUGGCUGGCCAGCAUCACUCAAUCCAUGGUGACCCAUUCAACAUCUAGCCAGCUAUCAAUCUCUGAGCAACAUAUCUCAGUUGAAAAGUCUGUCAUGGUACUGGAAAAUUAUUACUCACAAUUAUCUUUCCAGGCCAGUUCCUAUAAACAAAAACAAAUUUGUUUGCUGUCUCUUCUUUCCCAAAAGCUGCUGCUUGAAGUUCAAAGUUUGAUUCUCAGCUUCAGCUCACAGUUUCAAACCAAAAAUGAUAAUAGAGUGAAGGUCUCAAUAGCAGUCACUUAAGGAUACUUAAAUUCUGAGUGUCUGUUUUGCUAAAAAAUAUUUAUUCAUAGAAAAGACGAAUUUACAACAAAUACUCUUCAGUUGUUUGGUGCUGUGAUUUUGAAAUACAGAAAUUAUUUUCUUUUUGCAUCUUUUGAGAUAAAGUUUAAUAUGGGUGUCUAAAAGUGUUCAUAUGUGUAGAUAUAUAUCUAGUUUUAAUUCUGUAACCAAUAAGCGGGAUUUUCAGUCACAAUUUGCUCUCAUAUAGACCAUUAACAGCAUUUGAGACAGUAUAAUUUCUGCCUCUGAAAUUCCAGGGGAAUUCUGAUAAUAGCAGAACCACUGGAGGAAUGGUUGGUAUUCAGCCAGUUUCUAAGGAGGUUCUGCAUAACGUCUGAAGGCAUGGAAUGCACUGCCAGUGGUGAUGAUAGUGUCAAAUACAUUCGGGACAUAUAAGUGACUCUUGGAUAUUGACAUGGAUGAUAGUAAAAUGAAGGCUACAUAGGUUACUUUGAUCUUA